UCAUCAUAGGUGCAUGUCCACUGUGACUGAGAUAAUCUAAUAAGAAAAAUCGAGAAAUCACAAUGUCUGAUUUUCAUUUUUUUUUAAACAAUUUAUUUGUGUGAUACAGCUGUAAAUAAGUAUUUCAACACUUGUCUAUCAGCGAGAAUUCUGACCCUCAAAGACCUGUUAGUCCGCCUUUAAAAGUCCACCUCCACUCCAUGUAUUAUCCUGAAUCAGAUGCACCUGUGUCAGGUCGUUAGCUGCAUGAAGAUACACCUGUCUACCCCAUACAAUCAAUAACACUCAAACUUGUAACAUGGCCAAGACCAAAGAGCUGUCCAAAGACACCAGAGAUAAAAUUGUACAACUCCACACAGCUGGAAAGGGGUAUGGAGAAAUUGGCAAGCAGAUUGGUGGAAAAAAAGGUCCACUGUUGGAGCAAUCGUUAGAAAAUGGAAGAAGCUAAACAUGACGGUCAAUCUCAAUCGGAGUGGAGCCCCAUGGAAGUUAUCACCUCAUGGGAUCUCAAUGAUCCGUAGAAAGACAGGCCUUGACUUAGCUGUCAGUGACCUGAAAAGAGCUUGGACCACCGUUUCCAAGGUGACUGUUGGUAAUACACUAAGACGUCAUGCUAAGAAUCAUGCAUGGCAUGGAAGGUUCCCCUGUUUAAACCAGCACAUUUCAAGGCCCAUCUUAAGUUUGCCAAUGACCAUUUGGAUGAUUUUUGUUAUUUUUGUGCACAUGGGACAGGACGACUGCACUGUAUUAAGGAGAGGAUGACCGCGGCCAUGUAUUGCAAGAUUUUAGGGAACAACCUCUUUCGCUCAUUCAGAGCAUUGAAGAUGGGUCGUGGCUGGGUCUUUCAACAUGACAAUGACCUGAAGCACACAGCCAGGAAAACCAAGGAGUGGCUUCGUAAGAAGCAUAUCAAGGUUCUGACUCGGCCUAGCCAGUCUCCAGACCUAAACCCAAAAGAAAAUCUUUGGAGGGAGCUGAAACUCUGUGUUUGUCUGUGACUGCCCAGAGACCUGUCUGAUCUAGAGAUCUGUGUGGAGGAGUGGGCCAAAAUCCCUCCUGCAGUGUGUGCAAACCUAGUGAAGAACUACAGGACACGUUUGACCUCUGUAAUUGCAAACCCUAACCCAAAUAUUAACAUUGGUUUUCUCCGGUGUUCAAAUACUUAUUUGCAGAUGUAUCACAAAUAAAUUAAAGAAAUCAUACAUUCUGAUUUCUGGAUUUUUCAUUUUAGAUUAUCUCUCUCACAGUGGACAUGCACCUAAGAUGAAAAUUUCAGACCCCUCCAUAUUUCUAAGUGGGAGAACUUGCAAUAUAGCAGGGUGUUAAAAAACUCAUUUUCUUCACUGUAGAUGGAAAGAUAACUUUGAGAAGUUGAAUGAAGAAAAUGAGAGAGAAUAAAGAGUAAAAGAGAUGAUUUUGAAGGACCAGGAAGUGGCAAUGAUUAGUAAGGGGUGAGUUAAAAAGGCACAAAAGAGGAUGAAAAAAGGAAAGUGAGUUGGUCCUGAUGCUAUACCUGUGGAAGUAUGUAAUCAAUUAGGAGAGGUGGCUGUGGAGUUUUUGACCAACUUAUUCAAUAGAAUACUAGCAGGCGAGAACAUGCCAGAAGAAUGGCGGAAAAGUGUGCCAGAACCCCAUUUUUAAGAACAAAGGCAACGUUCAGAGCUGUGGAAACUAUCGAGGAAUAAAGAUGAUGAACGAAUGAACAAUAAAGUCAUGGGAAAGAGUAUUGGAGGCUAGACUCAAGAAGUAAGUAUAUGCGAGCAACAGCAUGGUUUCAUGCCUAGAAAGAAGACCACAGAUGCAUUAUUUGCCUUUGGGAUGCUAGUGGAAAAGUAUAGGUACAUUGUCUUUGUGGGUCUAGAGAAAGCCUAUGACAGAGUACCAAGAGAAGAACUGUGGUACUGCAUGCAUAAAUCUGCCCCGGCAGAGAAAUGUCAGAAUACUUGAGGACAUGUAUGAGGUCAGCAGAACAGUGGUGAGGUGUGCCGUAGGUAUGACAGAAGAAUUCAAGGUGGAGGUGGGACUGCAUCAGGGAUCAAAUUUGAGCCACUUCCUGUUUGCUGUGAUAAGGUUAGACUGGAGUCCCCUUGGACCAUGAUAUUCACUGAUAUUGUGAUUUGCAGUGAAAGCAAGGGGCAAGUGAAGGAACAGUUAGAUGGAGGCAUACACUCAAAAGGAGAGGAAUGACGAUUAGUAAAACAGAAUAUAUGUUCAUGAGUGAGAGAGGUGGAAGGGGAAGAGUGAGGCUCCGGGGCGAAGAGAUAGCGAGGGUUGAUGACUUCAAAUACUUGGGGUCACCAAUCCAGAGCAAUGGUGAGAAGAAGAAAAGAAAUGAGUCCAAGGAGGUUGGAGCAGCUGGCGGAAGGUGUCUGGUGUGUUAUGUGACAGAAGAGUCUCUGCUUGGAUGAAGGGCAAAGUUCAUAAAACAGUCGUGAGGCUGGCCAUGAUGUACGGAUUAGAGACGGUGGCACUGAAGAGACAACAGGAAGGAGAGCUGGAGGUGGCAGAAAUAAAGAUGUUGAGGUUCUUUCUAGGAGUGAGCAGGUUGGAUAGGAUUAGAAAUGGGUUCAUUAGAGUGUCAGCCAAAGUUGGAUGUUUUGGAGACAAGUUUCGAGGGACCAGACUUUAAUGGUGUGGACAUGUCCAGCGGCGAGAGAGUGAGUAAAUUUGUAGAAGGGUGCUGGGAAUGGAGCUUCCAGGGAUGAGAUCAAGAGGAAGACCAAAAAGAAAGUCGAUGGAUGUUGUAAGGAAAGACAUAAAGGCAGUUGAUGUUAGAGGAAGAUUCAGGAGAUAGGCUUAAAUAUAAAAAGAUGACACACUGUGGCGACUCCUAACAGGACAAGCUGAAAGGAAAACAAGAAUAAGAUUGUGCUGCUUAUUCUGGUGUAUGUUCCUUGCCAACCUCAGGACAAAAUAAGACAGAAAAACACAUGUACUCGAGACUUAGCUCCUUUCGGCUUCUCAUUACGGAACUGAGAGUCAUUUGUCUUCUCUGAAGUUUCACAAUAUAUGCUUGGGUUCAGAUAUUCAUUGCCUGAAGGGAACAAGGCCACAACAUCAAAUAGAUGCUAAUUGUCAGCCUGUGUGCCAAUUGAGUUUCCCAUUGUUGAUAAGCAUCAAGGUCACUGAGGCUGUGUGCUUGUUUUAAAUGCAAAAUGUAAUUUUUUGUUUUAUAUUUAGUUUGACCCUGCGUUUCAUCUUAGAGUAUCAGUAAACGUAUUGGAGCCUCUUUCUUGAAUAGUUAUCAAAUUGAAAGGAAAAGAUUAUUACAAACGCUAAUUAUAAUUAAGUUGGAACAUUGUGUAAAAUGUAAAACAAAACAAUGAUUUUCUAAUCAUUUUCAACCUGUAUUCAGUAGCAGACACAACUGUCAUGGUUGGAGCUAGUGAAGGGCAAGGAAGGCACGGCAAGCUGUGCAAGAUCCAAGUGCAGGAUGUGCAGAAAGUCCUUGAACAGUGGAAGGAGUAUAAGAUGGGCGUUCCUACUUAUGGCGCAAUCAUUCUUGAUGAGUCAUUAGAAAGUGUUCUCCUUGUUCAGGGCUACCUUGCAAAGUCAGGCUGGGGCUUUCCCAAAGGGAAAGUGAAUGAGGAUGAAGCGCCUCAUGAUUGUGCUGUUCGUGAAGUGUUCGAGGAAACUGGCUUUGACAUUAAAAAUCGUAUCGGCAAAGAUAUGUACAUAGAGCAGAAAAUCACUGACCAACUUGUACGGCUCUAUAUCAUACCAGGAGUAUCCAAGGAUACGAAGUUUAAUCCCAAAACUAGAAAGGAAAUCAGGAAUAUUGAGUGGUUCUCAAUUGAGAAGCUGCCAUGUCACAGAAACGACAUGACCCCAAAGUCUAAACUUGGACUUGCCCCCAAUAGGUUUUUUAUGGCUAUUCCAUUCAUAAGGCCGCUAAAGGAAUGGAUCAGCAGAUUGAGAGGUGAGCCUCCAGAUAGUGAUGAAGACUUUGCAAGCAAUGUCACGACGCCAGGCAAAGCCUCAGACAAUGCAAGAUCAAAGUCCCGGCGCCUCACUGGUAGUGAAGUAUUUCCUGGAGAUGGUUAUACCAAACAAAAGCAACAGAAGGAGCUGAGUCACUAUGAGCUGAACCAGAGCCAACACUUCAAAAGCAAUGGGAAGAAAUGUCAAGAUUCAUCUUAUUUAAAGAAAGGAACCAAUGAAAAUGGAUUCACCAACCAGCAGUCAUUUCAUUUACUAUUUGUGCAGAAAGAAGAUAAAUGGCUUCAUCCUAGAAGACUACAAGAUAGAUUUGAGAAAGAUGGCCCUCCAUGCAGCUCUUGUGAUGGUCAACAGACUGCCCACCAAAAAGAUUUGGAGGAUCUCCUGUCGUCUAAAUCUUUCCUCAGUUUUAAAUUUGACAAAGAUGCUAUUAUGAGAUGUUUUGACUUCUGACAUUAGAGACAAAGUCUUUCCUGUGUUAUGAUCCAACGUGGCCAUCUGAGAACUUUUUUUACUUAUCCUGGGCACACACAAAAGGGUGUCAAGGAUUGUGUCCUUCUUAUUUGUUUCCGAUUUGUUUUACACACUAUCAUAUUUAGCGUACAAAAAUGUUUCCUCCAACAACCUUCACUUGGUCUGAACUUCAGGGUCAGACAUUUCUGUUUAGUGUUGUGUAGAAUCUGCCAUGAAAUUAUUACACAUAUACACACGUGUGUGUGUGUGUGUGUGUGUGUGUGUGUGUGUGUGUGUGUGUGUGUGUGUGUGUGUGUGUGUGUAAAUCCAAGUUUCUGUUCUGUUUUUGAACACUUGGUAUCAAGUUAAGAGGGCUUCCUCCCAAAUCUUGAAAGAUUUUAUCCAGCAACAUAGAAUGUGAUGCGUUUUAAUAAACAAGUGCAGUUUGUCUUAUUUUUAAAGUUAUAUCAACCCAACAUUUUAUUGUGUAGAGGUUUAUGGUUAGCAUUACUCAAAUUAAUUAAAAUGAAUGAACGAUAAGAAUGAAAUACAUAACGAACAUUUUUAAAGUCACAGUAAAUGAUCUGUGUCCAAAAUUAGUCAUCCAAUUUUUAUCUUACCUGGAAUUUUGCUGGUUUCCAAGACAAAUGACGUCAUGAUUUUAUUUAGGAUUUUGGAGGGCACUUGACAUUUAUGCCAUAUUUGUCAGUGGUCUGCCCCCAGAAAUAUUUUAAAUAAAAUACAGUGCAUUGAUUUUUAUGAACUCAAGCCACACGUCUUGAUGUUCUGACUGAAAUGUGUACCACUGUGUACUUGUUUAGUUGAAAUUUUAUAGCUGUCCAAUGCUGCCAACCAAAGGGUUCCACUAUGCUGGUUAGGUUAAAAAAAAAAAAAAGGGGGGGGGGUUGCCACAAUCACCUCU